CUGGUCUGCCACAGUAGUUUGGGUCCUGGAUGCUGAUUGGCUAAAACAGAAUUCCAGACGAGAGAGGAGGGGGGCAUGUCUGCUGCCACAGGGUCCCUGGUGACCAGCUCCACCUACUACAGUACAUCUGCCCCCAAGGCUGAGCUCCUCAACAAGAUGAAGGACAUGCAGGAGGACGAGCUGGAGGAGCUGGAGCAAGACUCAGAGGACGAACUGGACAUCGACCUGGCCAGCAAGAAGCAAGAGCUGAUUGACAGCCUGAGUAAGAAGCUGCAGGUGCUGCGCGAGGCCAGGGGGAGCCUUCAGGAGGACGUCCACGAUAACAACUCUCUGGGGGACGAGGUGGAGGCCAUGGUGCAGAGGGUUUGCAAGCCCAACGAGCUGGACAAGUUCAGGAUGUUCGUGGGAGAUCUGGACAAGGUGGUCAGUUUGCUGCUCUCCCUGUCCGGCCGACUGGCCAGGGUGGAGAACGCUCUCAACAGUCUGGAGGAAGAUACCACACCAGAAGAGAAGCGCACCCUGUCAGAGAAGAGGAAGCUGUUGAUCAGACAACACGAAGACGCCAAAGAGCUCAAGGAGAACCUUGACCGGCGGGAGCGCCUGGUUUACAGCAUCAUGGCUGCUCACCUCAGCCACGAGAGCCUGGCAGACUACCAGCACUUUGUCAAGAUGAAGUCAGCCCUCAUCAUCGAGCAGCGCAAGCUGGACGACAAGAUCAAACUGGGAGAGGAGCAGCUGAAAUGUCUGCUGGAUAGUUUAUUGUUGGAGCAGAGGCUGCUGUUCUGAUGAUUGUUAGUGCAAUCCGAGAUCCUUGGGACGUCCAUACCUUAACCCCUACCCUAACCUUAACCCCUACCCUAACCUUAACCCCUACCCUAACCUUUCAACUUCAAUCGGGUGACAUCAGAGUCGGGAUGUCCCAGGGGUCUCAUUUAGUCUAUUCCUUCUGACAAGGUGAUGUGGUGUACUGACACAGAUUGGCCACUAGAGAGCCUCAGAGAGGUGCUGUUGGACUUGGAUAUGAUGGAGGAUUUUCUGUGUGCUUUGUUGUAGUUGACUGACUGACUUGAAGCCUGUUACAUUUCAGUUCCACAGUACAGACAGGAGCUGUMUUUCUGUGCUGAAAGAAAUACCCCGUUUCUGGAUUUAAAGUAGCUCCUUAGAGGAAUUUGCUUCGCUAAAUGUGUUUGAUUCAGGGAUGUUGGUGAGGCCUCAUGGUAAGGCCUAUGCUCUCAAAUGAUUCUCAAGACGAGGCGGAGCGUCUCUGUUUUAUAUAAUGCGUGUUUGAAAGAUGUAUUUAGUAAUUUAUUGUAGCCUUUUAAAUAUUUACAGAUGACUUGACAUUUCAGGUAAACUCACCUAUAAACCUACGUUGUAGUUAAUUACAAUACAAAAAUGAUAUAUAUUCUUAUUGUGAAGUAUAGGUUUUAUAAUUAGAUCAUUAACAGGGUUUUUCCUCAUUGGGACAUUGCUGGUUUGGUUCAGAAGUCUAAAGUUAUUUUCAUAUUUGCCAAAACAGUACUUGUCUUUCAUCAUAUUACACACAACACUAAUAGCUACAGCACAGAUGUGUCUGUUUUCAACCAAUCUUGUUCUCAGGCCCCACUUCCCGUACAAUAGUAUGGUAUUCCUUGACAAUGUUUAUUUCUUACUCAUGUGCUGGGAUUGAUGGUUACUGGUCUUUUUAAUUCCAAAAGUAUAAAAAGGUAAUUAAACGUUUGAAAUCAGUUCUGGGCAGCAGGUAACCUGGUUAUAGAGGUGAACCAGAGAGUUGCCAGUUUCUGAUAGGAAAAAUCUGUCGGGUAGUGAGUUGGCAUUGGAGGGUUGCUGGAAUCAAAUCCUAGAUGCCAUUGCAUGCCAUUUUUCCCUUGAGCAAGGCACUUAAAACCCUCCCCCACAACAACAGCUCCCUGGGUACCCAGUGUGGCAGACCCCUGCACCACUCCAAAACAUGUAUGUGUAUUUUCAAAGGCAGUUUCCUUUUGGAGGAGUUGGGUUAAAAGCGGAAGGUGCAAUUUACCAAUAAAUUGAUCUUCAAAUCAAAGACCGAAAUAGCACUUUAUAGUCCCAUAAUUCCCAUGGUUAGGGACCUAUCUCAACCUGACGUUGUGCCUGGGCGUCUGCCACUGUGAACACUGAAGGAUUUGUAUGUCCAUGCUUUGUAUAACCAUACAUACAUGCAUUGUACUCUCACAUCAAUUUGAAGACAAUAAACAGUAUGACUGAU